AUGCUUGGCUACAGCCAGGCACGAUUCACGAACAGCAGCGCAACAGCCAGCCACCCUUCCCAAACUCCCCUUUUCCGUUUCGACCUGCGGCGCAGCAGCAGCAGCAGAGGCCUCUCGCUUGCAGGGACAGCAGUUCUUGCAAUUGGACUAUGGCUUCGGUUUGAUUCGCAGACCAAAAGCAUCUUUGAACUGGAAUCCAACAACACGACGUUUUACACGGGAGUUUACAUCCUUAUUGGAGCUGGUGCACUUAUGAUGCUGGUUGGCUUCUUGGGAUGCUGUGGUGCAUUGCAGGAAUCUCAAUGUAUGCUUGGCCUGUUCUUCCUCUUCCUUUUCGUGAUUUUUGCCCUUGAAAUUGCUGCUGCAAUCUGGGGAUUUGCCAAUAAAGAAAAGGUUAUUGAAGAGCUAAAGGACUUCUACAUGGAAACCUAUGAAAAGAGAUCUCAACCAGCUGCCAGAGAGACCCUGAAAGCAUUUCAGUUAGCUCUAGACUGCUGUGGUCUUACAGGAGUUCUUGAGCAGCAGUUCAUGGACACCUGUCCGAAGAAGACUGUGCUUGAAUCACUUUCUACAGUGUCAUGCCCUGGUGCCAUUGAUGAUGUCUUCAAAUCAAAAUUGAAUGUGAUUGGAGCAGUUGGCCUUGGCAUUGCUGUAAUAAUGAUUUUCGGCAUGAUAUUCAGUAUGGUUCUCUGCUGUGCUAUCCGCAAAAACAGAGAAAUGGUCUAAGAGCUAAAAACCCAAGACUGCUGCACUAUAAAAUCUUUGUCAUUAACUUCAGCGUUCUGAAAGCAUUUCUAAAAAGUUAUAUAUUUGUUACCUUUUUAAUGCUUUAUUUGGUACUGAUGUAGGUUUGCUUUUUAUGUUAAUAGGUUAAAAUGGUAAAGGUAUAUCUGACUCAAGACAAAUAUUGUACAUAAAAUAUCUGACUUUCUUGAAACUUAUGUAAUUUGGAUGUAAUUUAUGUUUGAGACAAUUUGAUACUUAAUAAAGAGUAAGAUG